AUGACGAUUUCGCGCCAUCUACGAACACCAACAGGUCGGCCACUUGGCAAGAGUAAAGGCAGAAGUCCCAAUGCAGAUGAUGAUUUACUUGUUUGGUACGGUCAUUCCCGACGCCUAUGUGAACUAGCAUUAGUGAAGGUGCUCUUCUCCAAAAGGGAUUUAAUGGUGCUAGAUGGAUGGGGUGAACAGGGUGGUCUGGUAUACUGCUCUGUCGAGACGAAGGCCCGUUUCACCAAUUGGACGCCUAAGAUCUGCUGUGAUGAUCCUGGAACUGAUCUAGCUCCUGUGGACCUUUCGGAAUAUGACACAACGGUGUACCUAAAGGUCGCCAUAUUCAGUCCCGCGUAUAUUCGCUACUAUUUCGCCGACCUCCUGAAGGUGGCACCGUCCAACCAGAAGGGCAAAAAGGACAGUAAAGAUACAACUACCUCGAUAACAUCGCUGAAGAUAGGGAUGAAAAACGUGAAUCAUGAUCCUGGUCGUCCUGCGGUCCGUAUUUUUACUAGCCGCGGAUAUGAUCUUUCUCGACCGGAUGUGAUUGAGGGGGCAAAUAUACUCCUUGCGAUGGGUGACUACUUGGAGUCCAAAGGACCAUUGCUCAAGGAUAUCGAAAAGAAGUAAUAAAGUUCAGUCCCCCCUCAUAGCUUC